AUGAACCAGACUUUGGCCAUGCCUAUUUCAUUAGAAGAGGUGAAAGCAGCAGUCUUUGACUUGGGAGCUUUAAAAGCACCUAGCCCUGACGGAUUCUCAGGUACCUUCUAUCAAUCCCAUUGGGAAACAGUUCAGUCUGUUGUUUUGGAUUCAGCUUCCCACCAUCAGUCCACAAAUAAUAUCCUUCACUCCUUAAACCAAACUCAUAUUGCAUUGAUUCCUAAAGUCAAAAAUCCUUCUACAGCUUCCCAUUUUAGGCCAAUUGCUCUCUGUAACUUCUCAUAUAAGAUCCUAGCUAAGAUCCUUGCAAACAGAUUGAAGCCUUUAAUGCCUUCCCUCAUUUCUUCAAACCAAUCUGCUUUUGUAACUGAUCGUCAGAUUCAGGAUAACAUUAUGGUAGCUCAUGAGGUCUUCCAUUACCUCAAACUUCUUCGCUCUGGAUCUGAUGGGGCUUUUGGCUUAAAACUAGAUAUGAAUAAAGCCUACGAUCGAAUGAUGCUUAAAACCACUGAUUCCAAUCUGAUUCAUCCUGUUAGACUUGGCCCUCAACAGAUAGCAGUUAGUCAUUUACUGUUUGUAGAUGACUCGCUUUGUUCUUCUUUAAAGCUUCUUUGGAUAACUGCUUGUGUUUAUCCGACUUGCUUCAUACCUUCUGCACUGCUUCUGGCCAGCAUGAAAGUUGUCGAUGACCUUGGCAGAUAUCUCGGAUUGCCAACUAUUUGGGGAAGAUUGAAAAGAAAAGCUCUUGCCUUUGUUAAGGAUGCAGUGAAGAACAAAGUGGACGGUUGGAAGCAAGCUAUGUUAAGUCAUGCCGGUAAAGAGACCUUAAUCAAAGCUGUAGCAUGUGCAAUUCCGGCGUAUACAAAGGCCUGUUUUAAAUUUCCAGCUUCAACCUGCAAAGAGAUCAACUCUAUCCUCAGCGAUUUUUGGUGGGGCACUUCAAAAUCUUCUAGUAUUCAUUGGAAGUCCUGGGAGUUUUUGGGUCUCCCCAAAUCUAAUGGCGGUUUAGGCUUCCAUAAUUUUCAGGAUUUCAAUGAUGCUCUUCUAGCAAAGCAAGUCUGGAGAUUGUUUCACUCUCCGAAUUCCCUCUGUGCUCAAGUUUUGAAGCAGCUUUACUUUCCUAAUUCCUCCAUUCUUCAAGCUAAAAGAGGUUCUUCCCCUUCUUGGCUAUGGUCUAGUCUCCUUGCUGGCAGAGAUCUUCUCCAAAAUGGUGCUCUUUGGAACAUUGGUAAUGGGAAUUCCGUCAAUCUUUGGUCUGAUAGUUGGAUCCCCAUGGUGCCUCCUGCCCCUCUUAACCCAGCAAAGGCUAACCUUAAUCUUCCGGUGUCUUCCUUGAUCAACUGGAAUAAUAAUAGUUGGGACUUAAGCUCCAUUGAAGCAGAGAUUUCCCCGUUCAGCGAAGCAAAAUCAAUGCUAUCCAGCUCAUAG